AAUGCUGAAGAAUUGACCUGGAAUGAGACAACAGUUUAUGCAAGUGAAGGCGUUAGAGAAUAUCGCACAAGAGAUUUUCUGGGGUGUGGUGGAUGGAGAAAAGGAGUAGGAGGAGUAAGCUCCUCAACACCUCCUGUAGGAAGCUGCUGCAACAUCACAAUCAGACCAUUUUUCUGUACAUUCUGCUUUCCUGCAUCUCUCUGCUCACAGUGACUCUCAACGUCCUGGUCAUCGUCUCUAUCUCCCACUUCAGGCAGCUUCACAACCAAACCAACCUCUUCCUCCUCUCUCUCGCUGUCUCAGACUUCCUUGUUGGCCUCCUGCUGAUGCCGCCUCGAAUCCUCCUUUUAGGGGGCUGCUGGUUUUUGGGCACCUUCACGUGUGGACUGUUUUACUAUGCCUCUUUUGUCCUCACAUCUGCCUCAGUAGGAAACAUGGUGCUUAUUUCAUUUGACCGGUAUGUAGCUAUUUGUGACCCCUUGUCCUACCCCACCAAAGUUACUGAAAGAAAAGUCCAAAUCAGUAUCUGCCUGUGUUGGGCCUGUUCACUGCUCUAUAACGGCACAAUACUGAACAACUUUCUGAAGCAGCCAGACAGAUAUAAUUCUUGUGACGGGGAAUGCAUAGUUGUAAUUAAUUUCAUAACUGGUGCUUUUGAUGUCGUAGUUACCUUCAUCGGCCCCACUGCUGUGAUUAUAUUUCUGUACAUGAGAGUAUUUCUGGUGGCUGUGUCUCAGGCUCAGGCUAUGAGAUCUCAUGUUGCCUUUGUUACUCCAAAGGGUUCAGUUCAUGUUGCCAUUAAGAAGUCUGAGAGAAAAGCAGCUACAACUAUUGGUGUUGUUGUGGCUGUGUUUCUGAUGUGUUUCUGUCCUUAUUUUUAUCCCUCUCUCGCAGGGCAGGACACAUCAACCAGUGUGGAAUUUUCAGUUUUUGGGGUCUGGUUACUUUAUUGUAAUUCCUGUCUGAAUCCACUUAUUUAUGCUUUUUUCUAUCCCUGGUUUAGGAAAACUGUUAAACUGAUAGUUACAUUGCAGAUUUUGCAGCCUGACUCUUGUGAUGCCAACAUACUACACACGUAUGACCCAGCGGACUUCAACCUUUUAGAGCAGCAGGUGGCAGCACUCUCCAUUUGGGCGGAGAAGCUCAGGUGGAAACGGCGGCUCUUCUUGGAGAGGGAGCAUGUUUUCAAGGGGACUCGUCUGGCUCUGGGCGGGCCUCGGAGACGCCGCGGUCCUCCACCUGCUGCCUCACCUGCAUCAGAGCAUUCACCGCGGAGAGUGAAGGCAGCUAAGACUUAUCCUGUCCCUGUACCACCUCCUCCUGUGCCAGUUCCUAGGACGAGGGCAGCUGUGACCCAGUCUACCCCCAUACCUGGUUCUGUUCUUCGGGUGGGGGUGACUGGUGUCCAGCCACCUCCCGUGCCUGUCCCAGCACCCCUGGUGGGUGCAGCCAGAAUCCAACCUGACCCCCCUAGUGGCUCAGCUGAGGCUCUCCAGCUAAUGUCCUCAUGCUCUAGAGGCUCGGAAGAGCUAGCCUGUUCACCUGUCAGUCUUCCACUUCAUCCACCUCCUGAUCCAGCUUUCCGCUCCUCAGCCAGGGGUUUCCGCACCUGCUGGCCCUACAGCUGCUCCUCCGUCACCGAUGGCUCCUAUGCCGUUGCCCGCAGCCGCUCCUCCGCCUCUGCUGGCUCCCACGUCAUCACUUGCAGCUGCUUCUCCUCCGCCAUCUCCUCGUCCACGUCGGAUUCAGCAUCAGCGGCAACCUUUCAGGCCACUGACUGGACUUUGUCGCCAGCGUGGUCGGCCUCCGGACCCGCUCAGUCACCGUCUUCUGCGUGGUCGGCUACUGGACCCGCUCAGUCACCUCAGCCUCUGGCUGCGUGGCUGCCCACCAGAACUGUCCCUGUUUGGACUCUGCUGCGUGAUUUUUAA